UCCGCGUCCCCCGAGGCUUGCGGCUUCCAACCCAAACCCCUCGCUCCAUUCCCCCUCGUCAAAUUCGCCGCGGACGCGAGAGGGGCGAGACCGCGAGAGAGAGCGACGACGAAGUGGCCUCCCCAUCCGUGCCGUCCUCCCGUAGUAUUCACUCCAACUCCUCCCCUGCCGCUAUUCGUAUUGGGAGGCCGGUCCUUGUCGCGAGCGACGCCGAGGCUUCGGGACGGGGAUUGAUUGAUUGAUAGCACAGACCCGCCGGACUCGGUGCACGCCGGCGAAUUGCUUGUGUGCUGCUGCUGGUGGUGUAUUGUCUGCGAAACCUGCGGCGGCGGCGGCGAUGGGGCAGGACCUCGUCGAGAUCCACCCGCGCGAGCUCCAGUUCACCUUUGAGGUGAAGAAACAAAGUUCAUGCACUGUCCAUCUAGUCAACAAGUCCAAUGAAUAUGUUGCUUUCAAGGUUAAAACAACAUCUCCAAAAAGGUAUUGUGUUCGACCAAAUACUGGAGUUAUCCUUCCUAGGAAAACAUGUGAAUUUACAGUUACCAUGCAAGCACUCCGAACUGCUCCACCAGACAUGCAAUUAAAAGACAAGUUUUUGGUGCAGACCACAGUUGUUCCUUAUGGUACAUCUGAUGAGGACCUUGUUCCUGCCUUUUUCUCCAAAGAAGCUGGCAGGUACAUCGAGGAAAGCAAAUUGAGAGUUGUCCUCGUUAGUGCAUCCCAUUCUCUUGAAGAGGAACCAAUUAAUGGAGUUCAUGGCACUGAGCCAGCUUUUGAAGUUCCUGUACUGAAAGAGAUGCCAAAUAUAGAGAAAGAAGUGCUGCCACCUGCUACAAAAGAAGUCCCUCCUCCUCUGGAACAAACUCCAGCAAUUGCCACUGAAAUACCUUCACCUGUCAAAGAGACUCCAGGCCUGAGAGAAAUUCCUGUGCCACUGAAGGAAGCACCAGCUGCAUUCACAGAAUCUCCUUCCACUCGAAAUGACUCCUCUGCUAUUGCAAUUGAACAUCCCUCUAAUGUUACAAUUGAACAUGCCCCUGCUAUUAAGAUUGAAUCCCCUCCUCCUUUGAAACAAAGCAUUGCAGUUUUUAAGGAAUCUCCUCCACUGGAGGAAACUCCUCCUAAAGAAGCUGUUAUGCUAAAUGACAGAGGACUUUUCAAUGUGCAGAAUCAUCAAUUAUCUCAUGUAACAGAAGAUGUUCAGAAUCUGAAGUCAAAGCUCAACAAUCUUGAAUCAAAAUUGGAAGAGGCUGAAAAGAUGAUAAUAAGGCUAAGAGAAGAGAGCAGAAGUACCACCCAGGAGCGGGAUAAGUUACAGCAAGAAAUGGUAUUUCUAAGAAAGAAGGGAGCCCCCAGGAGUCAAGUGGGUUUCCCCUUGCUGUUUGUGGUGUACGUGGCGCUUCUUGGUACCUCACUCGGUUACCUGCUGCGACUAUGAGUUGCGUGUUCAGCAGCUGGGAUGCUUUGAUGUGUCAGGAGAGUUGGAAGGGCAGUUGCACUCCAAAAUCUUGGAGAGGAGCAUUUGUUAGCAUUAUUAGUGCAGAUGGUUUUGCAUAUAACAGCGGUGCCAAACUAAACUACCAGUUGCCUGUAUGUAUAGUACAGUUUUUUUUUGCAAUGUAUAGAACUCAACCCAACAAAAAGAUGCCUGCUGCCUUGUAGACUAACCUGGGAUUAUUCCAUUUGCCCAAGUUUUCCUCUUUUUUUUUUUUACAGUUUGCUGGAUUCGGCUCUCCUGAAUGGUUACAAUUACAAUCUCGUGUUAUUUA